ACAAUUCUAUGGAUAGUGCUGUGUUGUAUUUAAACCAUGGACAUUUGAUUUUUCCAGGCACUGGGAACUCUGGUCCAGAUGGAUCUUUCAAGCCAUCCUUCCUAACUGACCAGGAACUGAAGCAUUUGAUUUUGGAAGCGGCCGACGGGUUUUUGUUUGUCGUAGGCUGCGAGAAUGGGCGCCUAAUCUAUGUGUCAGACUCGGUCACCCCUGUGCUCCAUUACACCCAGGGCGAGAUGUUUGGGUCUUGCUUGUUUGAUUACCUGCACCCAGAGGAUGUGGAUAAGGUGCGAGAGCAGCUAUCUACGCAGGAGUCGGGGACUCCCGGCCGUGUCCUCGACCUCAAGACCGGCACUGUCAAG